AAGCUCAUUGAAAUAUGUUAAAAUAAAUUACGAAAUCGUUGGAAAGUUCGGAGGAAACUGUUUAACCUCAUUCAGUCGAUGAUAUUCCCGGUAAAAAGUUGACAAACUUGGUUGAACCAAUCAGGAAUCACCUCUUAUACACUGUAAACCUUUUCUGUCAUCGGUUAUGUGUUACGCAAUAAGAGCCGAGCCAAGCCGACCCUGCCCGAGCACUGAAUUCAGAAUCUCAGAUAGGUUUACGCCAUGUUUGAGGAAUGAUUUGAAGUCUAAAACUAGAGGAUUGAAGAAAACAAAUAACGCGCAAUGGAACUCUGCAAAUUUAUUAAAAAAGAACCAGAGAUCGAUAACUGCUACGAAAUUAAAACCGAGACCUAUGAAAGUUUUGAAUCCUACUUGACGUUUGAUUACAUGUCGUGCGGUAUAAAAAUUGAAUGUAAAGAAGAAUUUCCAAAUGUGCAAGACAGCAGCCAAAAUCUGCAGAACACUGCUCAUUCUCCCAAUCUCAAGUUUUCCAUUCCAGCUAUCCCCCUUGAACAUUCACAUAAUCAAGAAGUAUUGAAAAAUGUAGAUUCUCAAACCUGUAAUUCGACAUCUUCGGCCGAACUUCAUUCAAAAACAAGCAAAGAACUGAAUCUACAUUUGAAGACAGAAUCUGUAGAACUUGAAACUUUGAAUGAAAAAACACUCAAGCAAUCGCCCAAAUAUGAUCGAUACGCAUCACCGUGGGAUUUUGUGGAUGUUCGGCACGCACAUGAUGACGAGAAUCUUAAAAAUGCUCCAAAAGUGCUAACGAAACGUGCAAAAUCACCAGCCCUCGUUCGAUCCGAACUUUAUGAAGGUAAGAUGAACAAAUCGCCAAAGUGUAACGAACGAAACAAAGAAAAUCUCACUUGCGAAAUCUGCGACAGACCAUUUCAAUACAUGUCACUGUUGACUCAACACAUGCAAACUCACAAUAAGUCCAAUUAUCACGAAUGUGAUACAUGUGGAAAGAAAUUCAAAUUGAAACAAUGUUUACAACAACAUUUACGAUCGCAUGAAUCGAAAACAUACUCUUAUGACGAAUGCCACAGAACAUACAAAAGGAAAUCAACCCUGAGGCAGCAUAUUAAAACACAUAGUCUGGAUAGCCUUGACAAUUGGUUGAUUAGACAAACUAAACUUACUGAGAACACACAGUUAACAUCAAAGAAUCAUAAAGAAGAUGAGAAAAAAUCUACAAUAGAUAAAGAAUCAGCCAAAUCUUCAAAUGGGGGAAGGGUGGAUACCAAAGAACCAAAAAAAAUUUACGUGUGUGACAUUUGUGGUGAACGGUUUAAAAAAAAAUCAAGUUUAGCAGUCCACAUUGAAUUUUUACAUAUUGAAAUCCUUAAGGAACAUGACGAGAAGCUUAAGCCUUCAUCUUCUAAAUCAAACAUAAAAAGACCAUAUCCAUGCAACAUUUGCGGCAAAAGAUUUACGCAAACGUCGCAUGUGGGAAGGCAUAAAAAGGCAAGUCAUUCCGGUAGUAAACCUCAUACCUGCAAAUUGUGUAAUGAAGGGUUCUCUACAACGUCAAGCCUAAAGCGACACAUGUUGAAUAAACACAAUGACACAUCAACGAAAGGAACAAACCAUCGAAGUAUUCAAGGUAACAAAUUACUAGAGGUUAAAAAUUUUACCUGCAAAAUUUGUGACAAGUCUUUUAUAUGUGCCAGUGAUUUGCGUCGCCAUUGCGCAAUUCACGAUGCCCGGAAACCGUAUGAGUGCGACAUUUGUAAGAAACAAUUUCGAAUUAAAUCCUACUUAUAUGCACACAUAUUAACGCAUGACAAUUGGAGACCGUAUCCAUGUCACAGUUGCCCAAAACUUUACAGACGUAAAUCGAGUCUCCAGAGACACGUUCAAAUUAAUCAUUCGGUUAAAACAAAAUACAACUGCAGCGAUUGUCGGAAGUCUUACAAACACUUAGUGUCUUAUCGCUUUCACAUGAAGAAAUGUCAUGGAGUUCAACCUUCCAAAAUCUAACUUAUGUCUGUGAUUAAAGAGAUUGAAUUUUACAAUAUUAUAUACUUGUUAAAAUGUUGUUAUAUUACGCACUUCAAUUAUUUUACUGGCAAUUCUAUUCGUUCGAUGUUGAAUGUUUCCGUUCAAGUUUAUAUUGUUAAAUUCACUUUAUUCAGACACUGUAUUGUGCUGAAGAAUUUUGUUCAAACAAGAACACAGGUUAAUUGAUUUAUACGAAUAGAUACAUACGUUUUUCUCAGAAGUACGAGUAUUAAUUACGUACGAAUUUUUACAAUCAUCUGAGAUUCACUGCCAAAUAUGUAGACUUGUUUUCAACGCAUUAUGAUCAUUUUAUAAAUAAUCAAUGAACCAUUGAUGCACCAAAGCAUUUAUUUUUUACAUCAAAUUGUUACUAUAAUAAUGUUAGAUGAUGAAGGCGAUCUAUACAUCAUUUUAUUAUGAAAAAUUACAUAUGAAUAAAUAUUUUCAUACACUAUCUACUGAAUUUACGUGUUACGAGAUUUAGGAAUAAUAAAAAUUAAUUAACUAUACACGUUUGUAACCGAAAUAAAAUAUAAAUAGUUUGCAAUAGAAGUCCACACAAAUUUCUAAGAUCCACAACUUACGUUUCAUUCAUGUGAAUUAUUGCGGGAUAGGAAUCACUAACAUUAACCAUUCAGGAUCUAGCGUGAUUGCUUGCGUAGCAAUAAUAGCUUCAACA